CUCGGCACAUCACUACAGCUGUCAAAUAUUUUGAAUUUACCAUCGCUGUGUUUUGAGUUUAUAAACCUAAUGUUUCCUUUAUAAAAACAUACUGUGAUGUCUUCCUCGGAUUCCGACGACGAUUGCUACGGUAAUGUGGCUCAACAACUAGAAAAAUUAAAGAAGACUUUUGCUAAAGACAACUUGGAAAGCUACAAAUUAGACGAUUCCUUGGAACUUGGAGAAUCUAGCAAAGAUUUGCCUAAAAACGAAGAAAACACAUCGGCAGUGACCAUUGUUGAAGAUUGUAAUGUAACUGUAAAUAGUACGGAUAAUGAUGAAUUCACGCUGGACGCGAUAAUAGCGAGGAAUAGUAAGCCAAAACCGAAGCGAGGUCGCGGUGCCAAACGAAAGCAUAGUGACGUUUCUGCGGGCUCAUCUACUCAGGAACCGGCGCCUGGCAGGCGAAAAACUAGGAAUUCACAAAGAGGCAAUAGUAGUUCUGUAGAUACUGAUCAAAAUACGCCAUCUGUUGGUGAAAACUCUUUGAUAGAGGAAUCGGUUCUUGAACCACCGGCACCCCCAUCUGUUAGUGAUACUUCAACCGCUUCUACAAGAGGCAGGGGGCGCGCAGCGAGGAGAGGCCCGGCCAGAGGUAGGGCCAGAGGGAGAGGGAGAGGUAGAGGACGCAUUCGCACUCGCAGAGAACUGUGGGCCAUCUUUGACAACAUAUUUGAUAGAAUUGAUAACCGCAAUGUAGCCAAUUACCCCACAUACAGUGUCGGCAACACAGAUGAAUACCCAGAUCAGAGUGAUAGCCAGGAACUAUUCUCAACAAGACCUGCUAAUAAUGAUGUUCAAGUCAUUGACGAUGAUGACGCAUUGGACAAUGAUAACGAAGAAAUGUCAGUAAAAGUAUACUGGCAGAACUUAGAAGUAUUCAAAUUCAAAAUAAGGAAAUAUCAAAAAUUAACACAAAUAUACAAUUACUUUAUGGAGAAAGAGGGUGUUGGUAGUGAAAAAUUAUUGUUUAUUUAUAACGAUAGGAUUAUUAACAUGAAUGAUACUCCGGAUUCAAUCAACUACAGUAUAGCAAAGUUUAUAGAUGGAGGUAUUGUUAGCCAGAACGUAACACAUUUGGCAACAACGAAUACUUCAGAGAACGUAGUUAACGGAAUUAAGGUAAAGUUUCAAUGUCAGAAUGUGAAGAAACCGUUUGAGACGAUGUUGGGAAUGGAUGAUAAGUUUGCUUCGGCCAUGGUGAGGUGUGCAGAGCACUUGGAGGUGCAACUAGAAAGACUGAAAUUUUAUUUCGAUGGAGAUUUGAUAUCGAAUAAGUCUACCCCACGGGAACUCGAGCUGGAAGGAGGCGAAUGUAUUGAUGUAAAAAUUUCUAGUUGAUAGUUAUAUUAAAUUAAUAAACAUUUUUUUUGUAGUUCUGUUUUGUAUUUUUUUGGGCUCAGUGUAAUGUUUUAUGGCCUGUAGCAGUGUAG